UGCAUUUUACAUGAGACGACAGUCAGUCACAUAGCGCAUAGUCAUAAUCAUCGAGAUUAGGUUCUUUAUGAAGCCGGUCACCAAUGCACAAAAGUAAAAGAAAAUCGAGGGACCAAUUCAUUCAAAAGCGGCCUGCUCGGAAGGUUGACUAACGUGAGCGGGAGAUUUGAGCUUCGUCAAGGCGAGUGCGAUCCUGAUACUGCACUAAAUGGAGCCUCCUAUAAUUCCUAAAAUGCCUAAAAUACGAGAUUACUAUUCAGACUUGUGCAUCCAACAGUCGGCAACGGCACAGGAUAUACGGCGCGCACAUCGGGUGUUAGCAAUCAAACAUCAUCCGGAUAAGCAGCCUCCAGGAGCAAAAGCUGACACCGAAAAGUUCCGCAUCAUUCAAGAGGCGUACGAAAAUCUCCGAGACGCAUCCAAACGUAGCCGAUACGAUACUUAUUAUGAGAACCUCAAAGAGAAGUGGAGAGCGUACGAGGAAUGGCAGAAUAAGGAGUGUGAACGAGAACGACAAGAAAAAGCAGAGGAGGAAGAAAGACAGAGACAAUCUGGCGAAGCUGAACAAGCUCGUAGACAAGAGGAGACCAAAAGAGAGAGCGGGCUGAGCAUCUCAGGAGAGCUGUCGAGGAGGAAGAAAGAAAACGAAGAGAACGAAAGCAUGAGACUCAGCGUCAAGAACAGGAAGAUCUUCAGAGAGAGAAAAGGGAAGCGCGAGAGAGGCUAAGAAAGAUGAAAGAAGAGUUUGCGGAGCUGCGGUCGAGGGAAGCAGCACGAAAAGCUCGAGAACAACAAGAAA